AUGAUGAUGAUGAUGAUGAUGAUGAUGAUGAUGAUGAUGAUGAUGAUGAUGAUGAUGAUGAUGAUGAUGAUGAUGAUGAUGAUGAUGAUGAUGAUGAUGAUGAUGAUGAUGAUGAUGAUGAUGAUGAUGAUGAUGAUGAUGAUGAUGAUGAUGAUGAUGAUGAUGAUGAUGAUGAUGAUGAUGAUGAUGAUGAUGAUGAUGAUGAUGAUGAUGAUGAUGAUGAUGAUGAUGAUGAUGAUGAUGAUGAUGAUGAUGAUGAUGAUGAUGAUGAUGAUGAUGAUGAUGAUGAUGAUGAUGAUGAUGAUGAUGAUGAUGAUGAUGAUGAUGAUGAUGAUGAUGAUGAUGAUGAUGAUGAUGAUGAUGAUGAUGAUGAUGAUGAUGAUGAUGAUGAUGAUGAUGAUGAUGAUGAUGAUGAUGAUGAUGAUGAUGAUGAUGAUGAUGAUGAUGAUGAUGAUGAUGAUGAUGAUGAUGAUGAUGAUGAUGAUGAUGAUGAUGAUGAUGAUGAUGAUGAUGAUGAUGAUGAUGAUGAUGAUGAUGAUGAUGAUGAUGAUGAUGAUGAUGAUGAUGAUGAUGAUGAUGAUGAUGAUGAUGAUGAUGAUGAUGAUGAUGAUGAUGAUGAUGAUGAUGAUGAUGAUGAUGAUGAUGAUGAUGAUGAUGAUGAUGAUGAUGAUGAUGAUGAUGAUGAUGAUGAUGAUGAUGAUGAUGAUGAUGAUGAUGAUGAUGAUGAUGAUGAUGAUGAUGAUGAUGAUGAUGAUGAUGAUGAUGAUGAUGAUGAUGAUGAUGAUGAUGAUGAUGAUGAUGAUGAUGAUGAUGAUGAUGAUGAUGAUGAUGAUGAUGAUGAUGAUGAUGAUGAUGAUGAUGAUGAUGAUGAUGAUGAUGAUGAUGAUGAUGAUGAUGAUGAUGAUGAUGAUGAUGAUGAUGAUGAUGAUGAUGAUGAUGAUGAUGAUGAUGAUGAUGAUGAUGAUGAUGAUGAUGAUGAUGAUGAUGAUGAUGAUGAUGAUGAUGAUGAUGAUGAUGAUGAUGAUGAUGAUGAUGAUGAUGAUGAUGAUGAUGAUGAUGAUGAUGAUGAUGAUGAUGAUGAUGAUGAUGAUGAUGAUGAUGAUGAUGAUGAUGAUGAUGAUGAUGAUGAUGAUGAUGAUGAUGAUGAUGAUGAUGAUGAUGAUGAUGAUGAUGAUGAUGAUGAUGAUGAUGAUGAUGAUGAUGAUGAUGAUGAUGAUGAUGAUGAUGAUGAUGAUGAUGAUGAUGAUGAUGAUGAUGAUGAUGAUGAUGAUGAUGAUGAUGAUGAUGAUGAUGAUGAUGAUGAUGAUGAUGAUGAUGAUGAUGAUGAUGAUGAUGAUGAUGAUGAUGAUGAUGAUGAUGAUGAUGAUGAUGAUGAUGAUGAUGAUGAUGAUGAUGAUGAUGAUGAUGAUGAUGAUGAUGAUGAUGAUGAUGAUGAUGAUGAUGAUGAUGAUGAUGAUGAUGAUGAUGAUGAUGAUGAUGAUGAUGAUGAUGAUGAUGAUGAUGAUGAUGAUGAUGAUGAUGAUUAUAACUUAUCGUGUUAACGAUAACGUAAAAUAA